CUCAGUGCUAUCGAAACAUGGAACACGCGAGAGUGUGUCACUAGGACUGCUUUACUUGUUUCACUAUAGCUCUCCGUCACUGACUGAGUAUAGCGUUAAAUAUUCCAAAUAGAAAUGAAGAUAGAAAAAAAGAUUUCUACAAUACUCUGCGAACGCUUCAACUUGUUCUGUAGCUUGUGCAGUUUACAUGGCCUCAUCUACCUACGCAGAGACGUCCAUCUCCCCGUCUGUGACAGAGUAUUCUGGGCAACAGUAUUUACGUCGAGCCUCCUCGUGAGCCUUUUUAUAAUCUACAAUGUCUGGCACAACUGGGUAACCAACCCAUUCGUGAUCGUGUACGACCCCAACGUGCGACCCAUCUGGGACAUCCCCUUCCCUUCUGUUACCGUCUGCAGUUUUGUUGCAGUCAAACGGUCCUUCCUCGAUCUCUCCCAGACUUCUGACAGGAAAGCUCUGUUCUUCUCCAGCCUCAUUUGUGCGGCUAAAGAGUUCUUCAUAAAUAAGAAUUUAAGCGUCAGGCCAGAAGAAAUGGACGAGUUUUACGAAUUUGUGGAUAAGGCCACGCCUUCCUGUGACGAGAUGAUAAGGCGUUGCUACUGGCAGAAUGUUGAGUUCCCUUGUUGCAAGAUCUUCUUUCCCAUCAUCACAAGCCUGGGUCGUUGCUACAUCAUCAAUUCGCUACCUUCCGAUAUGCUGUUUACAUACCAAACGGACAAGAAGUUCCUCUUCAAUGAUAGCUAUCCCCAGGACACACGGUAUUGGUCGCCCGAGAACGGUUACCCACGGCCCGAUCAGCGCGGUUUGGAGGGUGACUCUACCUACCCCAAAUGGGCAGACACUCCAGGAUACGAGGGUGGCCUCAGUGUGGAGAUUGAAGAAGACAUGUCAGAAUGGCAGGACGUCUGUGCAGGAGGUUACUCUGGCUUCAAGGUCCUAGUGAAUUCUCCAGAAGAGGCUCCGAUCACUUCCCAAGCAGCGUUGAGGACACCGAUGAAACAUGACUUCUUAGUAAAACUGUUUCCACGCACGAUUCGCACAGAUCUAUCGCUAUCCUCCACCCACGCUAGACUACGGGGUUGUCUCUUCCAAAAAGAGAGGAAGCUUCAGCAUUUCGGCACCUACACACAGAACAACUGCAUGCUGGAGUGUUUAAUGGAUUCUGCUCUAGAGCUAUGCCAUUGUGUCCCCUUCUACAUGCCUCGAAACUCAUCCGUGCCAGUUUGCUCAAGAGACAGCGAUCAGAAAUGCUUCCGGCGAGUCACUGGUAAGUUUCAUGACAAGGCUCAAAAUCCACUUUUAACAAAUCUCGGGAAAAAUCAAAGGUAA